AUGGAGGCAGAGUACCCCCAAAUAAACCCUCUCCUCCUCUGCUCCAGGCGCCGGAAAAGGGAGGAGGACGAGGGAGGGCUCGAGCUGCUGCUGUCCAUGGAUCUCGACGAGGAGGAGACGCGCUCGGAGCAGCAGGCGCCGCCUCGGGUUCCGGACAAGCUGAAAGCAGUGUCACAAGAGCUUGGACAUGACAUCCGGAUAUUUACAAGCACAACAUUUGAGCUAAUGACUAGCAAAUUGUCCAAGGCAGAUCAGGAGGAAGACGAUGACUUUUAUGAGCUUCAGCCUAGUGAUUAUUACAAGUUGAUUUCAAAUAGGCUUGCAGAACAAUCGAAAGUUCUGAAGACUCGUAAAAUAAGGGAAGCAGAACUUGCUGCUCAACGAGCAAGGCUAACAAAGGCAGUGGCGAGGGUUCGAUUCCCUGAUGGUUACAUUCUUGAGGCUGAGUUCCAUCCAUCAGAGACGGUACAUAGUCUGGUGGAUCUUCUCAUGAAAGUAAUUGCUAGAAAAGACCUGCCAUUCUAUCUUUACACAGUUCCUCCAAAGAAGCGAAUAAUGGACACCUCGCAGGACUUCUACACAAUUGGCUUUGUUCCUGGAGCUAAUGUCUUCUUUUCUUAUGAUCUGCCAGAAGGGUCGGAGUUAAAUACAGAUGCUGUAAAAUCCGGACCAUAUCUCCGUGAAGAAAUUCGAACUUUGGAUGGACUGUCACUUCAGUCGGAACCUUCUGACCAACCUGAUGAUUCAAAGACAAAUUCUGAUUCAGCUCAUCAGUCUUAUGCAUUCCAAUCUGAUUCUGCACCAGCAGCAGCAAAUAAGAAAUCAGCCAAACCAAAGUGGUUCAAAAGGUGA